CAAGUUAAGCCAAGCCGAGCCGACCCGGUCAGAGCAGAGCCUUCAUCAGUUGCUUCCUCGCAGGCUUUGGAAACGCGCGCGAAAUUCUCCAGCGCUUCUGGAAUGCGCGCGCGCAAGGAUAGUUCAUCUCGUUCAAAUCGAAGCUUCAAGCGUGUUGCUCUAAAAGUGAGAUCGUCGGUUUUUCUUUCCAAGUUAUUCAAAUAAUUACAAAUUGUGGAAUACAAGGUGUACUUAAGACACGGUUUUUUCCCAAUAAGUGGUCGGAAAAAAGUUACAUGCUUCGCGCUACCGAGUGUUUAACCAGCUCAAGUGUUUUUGCUCUAUUGGUUUUUUUUUAUAAAGUGUCAACCGAUUGUUUGCGAUAGCAUCAAUAGUUACUGAAAAUUCAAACUGGGAGGAAGACUUACGCCCCCGGAAUCGUGCUCUGGAAGAAAGUAAAUAAGAAGAAAACACGCAGACGCUUUUCGACAACGUGGAACAGCAUCCACCUUCUGUUCCUUCAUAUCUCUUAUCAUCUUUCUGCCGCCGAAGUUUACGAAUUGUAAAAUGUGUCUAGUGAUAUUACUGUAGAUUGGUGGUUCUCUAUGGAGUGAUAAGUUGGUGAUAAAAAUAAGGAGAUUCCACCCACGACACGGUCACGUUAUAUUCCCCAUGUUAGCGAGGUGCCCCCUUGAAUAAUAUUUGUGGAAAAAAUCAAUCGAGUGCCUAUCUACAUAUCUAUCAAAUCUUAAGCGACGAUCUUUCGACGAACGUGAUGAUAAUUAGACAAAUCUAGUGCCUGCUCACGAAGAUAAGAGCCAACGGAUAAAAAAUUCAUUUAAAAAAAAAUCGAUGAUCUUGACCGCCUAAACGUGUCACAAAACAAAUCGUUCCUCACACCAGUUUACAUCUCCAGUCAGUGAUCCUCCGAAAGUACCAAGUACCUGCUAAUGGAGACAUCGUCGUUGCACGAGAUGAUGUGCCAAAAGCUGCAACAGCAUCACCGUAAACAUCGACAUCAUCAUCGGAAGAUGCCGGGGACGACACAGACGUUGACGUCGUUGCUGCUACUCAUCGCCAUCGGAUUGACCUCCGUUGAUAUCGCUUUAGUCCACGGUCAAUCAGUCAGUUCCUCAGAUUGCGACCCCUCGAAGUGCACACCGCCGGUCGACAUACCGGACUCGCUGUUGCAACUCGGCGAACGCACCGUCCGGGAACUGGUCAACUGUUGCGAAGUAACCCGGAUACACUGUGACUACCGGCUCUGCCCACCGAAGAUCGAGUUCUGCGACCCUGAACAGCAAACCGUGCGACCUAAGAUUACUCAGGGAAGAUGCUGUACAGUUUACGAAUGCGAGAGCUCCUCCCGAAUGACGCGAGGAGAGAUGCCGACGCAACAACCGCUAGAAGACAUGCAGUCGGAGGAGCAGCAAUGUGAGGUGGAAAUCAACGGAACCGCUAGCCGAAAGCAAAUCGGAGAGAAAUGGUUCGGUAUGGUCAACGGGACGACCUGCAUGAACUACGAAUGUUUACCGGGGUUCGGGGCGUCCAGUGAGCCUUUCGUCAACUCAAUUGGAAUCGCCUGUAAUGCCAACUGUUCGGAGGGUUUCGCUCUCGAAUACUCCGAUCAGCACUGCUGUCCACAGUGUGUGCAGGCAAUGUGUCGCUUCGACGAUCGUUUCUACCGGGAAGCGGAAUCGUGGCAAAGCGCGGACAGUUGCUUGAAAUAUCGAUGCGUAAAAGAGAAUGGAUUGCUUUCGAUCACCUCGGAACGAAAGCGAUGUCCAACACUGGAGAACUGUUCCGCGGAGAAUGUAGUUGAGGUGGAGUGUUGCAGUGUUUGUCGCAGGCCGAAAACUGAGACCACUACAGUGCACUAUGACGCUAGGGAAGCAGUUGAGUAUUUUGAUGAGCAGGAUUAUAAGAAUCAUACUUGUAAGAGGGAAUGUUUGCGCGGUCGCAAACCAAUGACCUGUUACUACAAAUUCGAGAUAGAGUGGUACCAAACUUUGAGCAAAGCAUGCUACGAUUGUCCCUACAACGCGACGGAUUGCGCACGGCCUCACUGUAUUGCUGCGGAUGGUGUGAAGAGGAAUGUUAUGGUCAUCAAUCGGAUGAUGCCUGGACCGACGAUCGAGGUGUGUGAGAACGACAUAAUUAUGGUAGAUGUGGUCAAUGGGCUGAUGGGUGAAAGUACUACUAUACAUUGGCACGGAUUACAUAUGAAGAGGACGCCAUUCAUGGACGGGGUACCGCACAUCUCACAGUGUCCCAUUAGUCCAGGUAAUACGUUCAGGUACACUUUCAAGGCCGACAACCCAGGUACACACUUCUGGCACUCGCAUACCGGUAUGCAACGAGGUGAUGGUGCCUUUGGUCCACUAAUCAUCCGAAGGGAUAAUGAUCCUCAAGAAAUAAUGUACGAUCAUGAUCUUACCGAACAUGUCAUCACUCUGCAAGAUUGGGGUCAUGCCAGUGGAGUUCAGCUAUUCACAGCUCAUCAUCAUUCUACGGGUGAUAAUAAACCACCGAAUAUAUUGGUCAACGGUCGCGGAAAAUACUUCCAAAGAUUCCCGAAGAUUACACCCAUUAACCCAACCACAGAAGCACCUUCUACUGCGACCCCUGAGGAACCCACCACAACUUCACCAAACUACCUAGACGACGCAGAAUUGAUUCAGAACUCCAAAGACAAGACUUUGAAAAUGGAAUCUACUUCAGUGGAAUCGCCAAGUGUAGAUGUGUCCAAAAACAGUUCAACACGCUCACUCAAUCGCAUCAAACGACAAUCACGGACAGUCAACUACAACGCCGUAAUAGUGCCUGAAUCAAAAUUCAUCCCCUUAACCGUAUUCAAAGUAGAAUCGAAGAAGCGCUACCGCUUCCGGCUAAUCAAUGCAGAAUUCCUUAACUGUCCAGUAGAACUUUCCGUCGAAGGUCACAACAUCACCGUGAUAGCUUCCGAUGGCUUCGACAUGAAUCCGGUGGAAGAUUUGGCCUCAUUCGUCAGCUACGCCGGCGAGAGGUUCGAUUUUAUCAUACGUGCCAACCAACCCGUAGGAAACUAUCUGAUCCGAUUCCGUGGCCUCAUGGAUUGCGAUGAGCGUUUCACCUCGGCCUACCAGGUGGCAGUCCUCCGCUAUCAGGGUGCACCGGAGGUCGAGUACGAAGAGUGGCCCAGCUACGAUUUUCCGCUGACCGGGCUUCAGCUCAACUCGCUCAACAAAGGUACCGGAAAUGUAGACACCCUUUCGAUCGCCGAAACCACCUCCCGGGAUCAGGAGGAUUUGCUGCUGCUCAAAGAAAAGACUGAUUACAAAUUUUACGUUUACUACGACUUUUACGCUAAGGACAAUCCUCACUUUCAUGUGCCAUCGCUUUACGGGUUCCAUAGUGUUAUCAACAACACCAACCGGCUGUUCACACCGCAGCUGAACCACAUCUCGAUGCGAAUGCCCAAGCUGCCGAUGAUGCCUUACAAGGACCAACUGGACGAAUCGAGUUUCUGCAAUGCAAGCUCGCUGCUGGAACAGGGCCGAAACUGCCGGGAGGAGUUUUGCGAGUGCAGCCACGUGCUCCAGAUUCCGCUGAACGCAACCGUCGAGAUGGUCCUCAUUGACGAGGGCUUCACCUUCGAUGCCAACCACCCGUUCCAUUUGCAUGGACAUGCCUUCCGGGUUGUCGGAAUGGAGCGCCUAGCCGGGAACAUUACUGCCGAGGAAGUGCAGCGGAUGGACGAGGCCGGAAGAAUCAAGCGCCGGCUGAAGGGAGCACCCCGUAAGGAUACGGUAACAAUUCCGGACGGCGGGUACACCAUCAUCCGAUUCAUUGCCAACAAUCCAGGCUACUGGUUGUUCCACUGUCACAUCGAAUUUCACGCGGAAAUUGGAAUGGCCCUGGUGUUGAAGGUGGGAGAAGCUUCGGAGAUGGCUUCGGUACCGGCUAACUUUCCCAAGUGUGGAGACUUCAUGCCAGACUCGUUGGCCACCAGUUCUGGCAUCAGCCAUCACCAUCGAUUGGUUGCUAGUUUUUGGAUUCUUCUACUGACGAUGAUUAGCCUGAUACAAGUAUUUUCGAACCGAGUGUGAUAUUAAUGUUAAACGAGUUGUAAGCUCUUCACUAGUUUUAAAUUCAAUAUUAUAGAUAAUUAACGAGUUUUA